UAUUCAACUGUUCUGUUGUAUCAACUGUUUUUGUUGUUGUUGAUUUCAUCGCAAAUUUUUCAUUUCUCGUUUCUUUAAUGUCUGAUAAUCCAGUAUUGCUCCAAACUCAAAUACCCAUUUCUCAAAAUUUUGAAUUUACACUAUUUUUCUUAAAUUCACAUCAAAUUUAGCCGGUUUUAGAAACCGGGUAUCCUUGAUCAUCAGUUAGGGUUUUGCUUUUGUUGAUCAAAACUAUGAAUUACAGUCGAGAUUCAAGUGAAAACGUGGUACACAUCGUUGUGGGAAAUGGGCCUCCUGAGAAUUGGAUUCCAAAUCCAUCUGAUUCCUCAGUUUGGGCCACCGAAGAUGACUACCGAGCUUGGAACAACUCGUCGCUUGACACUCCUUCUAACUCCAACUCAAAUUACCAGUCUCAAAGGUCCGGCAGUGAGCAACCACCGAACAAAAAGUCAAGAAACAACACUCAAGAUGCCAAUUCUAAAUCCAAGGCUAUCGGGAAAAUGUUUUUCAAGACUAAACUUUGUUGUAAAUUUCGCAAUGGAACUUGCCCUUAUGUUACUAACUGCAACUUUGCUCAUAGCAUAGAAGAGCUUCGACGGCCGCCUCCCAACUGGCAAGAGAUUGUUGCUGCUCAUGAAGAGGAGAGAGCGGGUUCCGAUGAUAUUCCAAGAGAGGAGUUUCAAAUUCCCUCUUUGGGGUCGUCUAAUUUUGUUGUGGAAACUCAAAGAUCAUAUAAAGGGAGGCAUUGCAAGAAGUUCUACACAGAGGAGGGAUGUCCGUAUGGAGAAAAUUGCACGUUCUUGCACGAUGAGCAGAGUAAGAAUAGAGAGAGCGUGGCAAUAAGUUUGGGGCCUGGUGGCUAUGGUGGUGGUGGUGGUGGUGGUGGUGGUGGUGGCGGCGGCGGUGGGGGAGCUGCUGUAGUUGUAGCUGGAGCUGGAGCUGGGGGUGGAGCUGCUGCUGCUGGUGGAAACAAUGGAGGGUCGAAUGUGAAGCCUUCUAAUUGGAAGACGAGGAUUUGUAACAAGUGGGAACUUACUGGUUAUUGCCCGUUCGGGAGUAAAUGUCAUUUUGCACAUGGGGCUCAAGAAUUACAUCGAUAUGGGGGUGGCCUUGUGGACACAGAAACUAAAGAUUCUUCUGCUGCCCCAUCAGAUUCAAAGCUGGGAGGAGUGCCUUCAAAAACUCCAGCAGACACUGUUGUUGCAUCAGUCACUUCGGUUCCUCAUGCGGAUGUUUAUCAUAUUGGAGUUCCAUCACAGAGGUCGUCUAUUGUAAUCCAGCGGUCAGGGCAAAGAUCUCAUCAAAAAUGGAAGGGUCCGGACAAAAUCAGUAGAAUAUAUGGUGACUGGAUUGAUGAUAUUGAAUAGAAUGUGAACUUCUGAACUUUAAAAAUGUUGAAGAGAUACUAUGAAAGCUCAAAUAACUUCCAUGAAAAAGCUUUUUAUGGGACACUGAACGAUUUACGCAGUCCUAAGACAUCAGGGUCAUGUAUCUUCAGCUUUCAGUAGGGAAGUUUUCUGUUUGCAUGCUUCAAGUUUUCAGUUGAUACCUCCAUUACCGGUGUCUAAAUAGACAUCGUUGUAAUUUAUAUGUACGGAUUCUGACACUCAGGUUUGGAAAGUUGAAGCUUGUACUAUUUGUAGUAUUCACCAUUGUUAUCAGAUAAAAUUACCAGAGGGCUUUAUCUUCA